AUGUUUGAGUGUAUUUUUCAGGAACCUGGUUAUGUCGGAUUUGCAAAUCUCCCCAAUCAAGUCCACCGCAAAUCUGUGAAAAAAGGCUUUGAGUUCACCCUUAUGGUUGUUGGUGAGUUAUUUCUUAUAUCUAGUAGUAGUUGUACUAUAGAAGCCAUUUAAACAAAGUUGGGAAAUUUUUUUGGCAGUUGUCUAUAAAUUUUUAACAUCACCAUUGGUUUUUCUUAACCCAGAUUUACCUUUCUCUCUUAAAGAAAAUUAAUUUUGUUAUGAAGUAAAUGGAACAUUUUUGCAGCAAUGUUAGUGAUAAUUAGUAACACAAUGGCUACUGUAUGAACAUACAUCUGAUUAUUACACUUAAAAUUAUUUGAAUACCUAAAAGUUAUUAUUUGUCAUUUCCUUAUUACAUAUUGUUGUAAGUUGUGUGGCCUGUGAACAGGUUCUCCUCAAAGAGAACAAAAAUUGCCACAGCAUUUGGGAACUUAACCAUACUGAAAGAGAUGCAGUAGUCCUUUCCCAUUUUAGAAGUUCUGCAGUUCAUUUGCUUGCUGCUUCCUCUGGCAAUCUUCCAAGGUUUGCCUUUCCCUCACAUCUAGAAAGGGAAAUCUUGCUCACUCUUUAUGAGAUGGCUGACAGUCAGUUAUGCACUAUAAUCAACAAGAGGGGCAAAAGGAUUCCACUGUGAAAGAGAUAGGGAUUGUAAACCCAGGUUUCACUCCCACUAUCUCAGUUUUAUGAUAUUAGUUCAUAUAAUUUAUUAUUGCAUCAACUAAUGAUCCUUUAAUUCAUUCUUUUUGUUCUUAUUGCUUGCCUACUUCAUCAAUAUACUAUUGAUAUUGCAAAGAGAAAUUCUGCCUUGGUCACUCAUGAGAGUUAGAUGGUUAAAGCUCCCUGUAAAGGAAUCAGAUUGCUGUUGUCUUAAAAAUGUCCAGCAUAAGUUGUCUUGGAAUGGUUUAUCCAAUUGUUGGCAAACUUGCUUGACUCCUGCUAUCUUUGUUACUCCAUUCAGGUGAAUCUGGUUUGGGAAAGUCAACUCUUGUGGAUAGCUUGUUUUUGACAGACUUGUAUGAUGAUACUGCCAUUCCAAGAGUAGUUGGUGAGUUCAUGUAAUUGUUCUAUGCAUCCUUUUGAUAGAAACAUAGAUUAAAAGUUCUAAUACUGUAGUUUCUCUCUUAACAAGAGUAAUCAAUUUAUUUGACUGAAGGAAGACUUUCAUGCAAGAAGGGUGCAUUGCUCUCAAGGCCAUAUAUUUUUUUAAAGUAUUGAACAAAUUAAUUCACUCAUAACAAAACACUAAUUCAGAAGAAAUCAGAGACACAAAGACAUAGAUUUUACACCUUGUCUUAGUUCUUGAAUUGGGGUGUGCUGUGGCAUAACAGAACUGCACCCUGAGAGGCUUGGGUUUGAGACUUGACCAGGUCAUUUUGUUGAUUUCUUGGCACUAUGCCCCUCUUCACCUAGGAGUUAUAAAUGGGUCCAGGUGACACACUCAGCUAUACCUUGUAUACCUCCUUGUUGUUUUUUCCAAAUUUCAAUGUUGUCUGUGAUCUUUUACUGGAAAGACCCACAGCAACAUGGAAUCUAUUUGUUCUAGAUAUAUGAUAAAAAAGCAAAAUGCUGUUGAUGGUGAAGUACGUAUGUAUCUGUCCUCUAAUAGAUCCAUCAUUUGUUAAAUGGAUUAUAAUCUUUUUAUUUGAUGCAUGAAUGUUUUAUUAGCUUAGAGUUCACAGAUCAGCCAGUAAGCAAAGCCAAUGAUUUUUGUUUCAUAGAUCGUAUACAUCAGACAGUUGAAAUUGAAACUAAUACUGUAGAAAUUGAAGAAAAAGGCAUCCGCUUAAGAUUAACAGUGGUUGAUACUCCUGGAUUUGCUGAUGCUGUUGAUAACACUGACUGGUAAGACACUGAUUGACAAAGAGAAAGAUAGAAAUAGCCAUUUUGAAAUUUGAUUUAGCAUCACUCAGACAAACAAGACAAGCCCUUCAGCAAUGUGCUCUGAGGUUUUUCUGCACAGCUCAGCUCAGCUCAACACAACGCAGCUCUCCUAAAUCCCUGAUAAAUUUCCUGUUCCCUAACAAAAAUUAAUUGAAUUUAUAAUUUCAUAUUAAGUAAAACCUUUAACUCCUAUGGAUGUUCAAGACAGAAUUUUCUCCUAAAAAUAUCAAGCAGACAAGUGACAAGAAUAAAGAAAAAUGUAAAUUAGGGGUUAUUAGUUGAUCCAAUACCAAAAGAAUUGUAUGGCAGACAGUUGAGGGGCUGGUAGUGAGAUCUUUGUGGUGAAAGGGUUAAUAUAACUCUGUUCAACUGUUAGUUACAUUUAAGUGUUCUUUUUCCAUAUUAGCUGGCAAGCUGUAACAAAUUAUGUUGAUCAACAAUAUGAAGCAUACUUACAAGAUGAAUCAGGACUCAAUCGCAGACACAUAGUGGACAACAGGGUUCAUUGCUGUCUUUACUUUAUUUGUCCCCAUGGCCAUGGGUUAGUGAUUUAUAAUCAUUUAAUUUAUUUACUGUAAAGGCUCAUUAAUUGUCAAUAAGAUUUACUUCACUGGGUUGCCUGUUUUGACAGGUCAGCAUCACACAAUCAAAAAGAGCCAGGGAUGUGUUAGCUCAGUGAUUUGGAAACUAGAUGAAAUUUUUCUUUUUACACAGUGUUAACUGCCUUUUUUGUAGAAGUAUGUGACAAUGUUUGAGAUCCCAUAUGUUUUAGGGGUUUGGAGAUUCUUAAAGAUGUGAGAAUAAUCUUUUUCAUAUCUUUAAGGAUUACUGGUUCAUGGGGUUGAAAUGCCUGAUUACUAAGUUAUCAAAUGAAUGUAUAAUCCAAUUAAGCAAUUAUCUUUUAAUAAUUAAUUAUCUUUUGAUGUAGGUUAAAACCCAUAGACAUUGCUUUCAUGAAGAUGCUGCAUACCAAAGUAAACAUUGUUCCAGUUAUUGCGAAGGCUGAUUGUUUAACAAAGUUUGAAGUACAGCGACUGAAAAGAAAGGUUAGUGGUAUGAAUCAAUAUGUUUUACUUAAUAAACAGCAUCACACGCACACACACACAGAGUUUGAUUGGUUCUUACCUAAGAUCUGUGGGAGAACAGAUGCAAAGAUGACAUCACCAUGAACAAUUGUUUUGCUUUUAAUUUAUCAUAUAAAACAAAUAGACUCUAUAUUGUUGUCGGUCUGUUCAGUUUGAUGGGCCUUGUGUGCCACUAUUGUGCUCUUACCACAUUUUGAUGUCAUCUGUUAUCUAUUACUUAGCAGAUGCAUGGCAACAUGGAAUCUUAUUGUUAGGUGAUCAGAGAAAGAAAUGGUUUUUUUUUUGUUUUGUUUUGGUUUUUUUUUUUUUUUUUUGAUGUUAAGGUCUCCUUCUACUGACUUAAAAGAGAUGACUUCCCUGUGGAUUGUUACCAAUGAAUGGUAGCCAAGAGAUGAAUUAAGUUUUCUAUUCAAUCUCAAAUUUAGUUUCAAUUAAUUCAUUUCAAUGUUUUAAUUCUGUUAGAUAUUAGAGGAGAUUGAUGACAAUGGUAUUAAAAUUUACACUUUCCCUGAAUGUGAUAGUGAAGAUGAUGAAGAAUUUGUCCAAAUCAACCAAGAACUCAAGGUUAGUGCAAAUAUGUGUUAAUGAUGCACAGUUCCUCCCAAAAACAUAAACAUAACACUGAACUUCAACCAGACGAGGCUUAAGGCCAGGGCCCAGUUGUUCAAAAGGGCAGAUAACACUAUCCAGUGUAUAAGUGUUAACAAAACAAAGUGUGCCAUCCACUGGGUAGAGAUUCAUUUAGUGGAUAGCAUUAUCCACCCUUGGACAAUGGGGGCCAGCUCAUUUAUAACCAGGCCUCAAAUGCAUUGUUUUAAGUAGGCUUUAACCUAUAAUUAAAAAAUAAUUGAGUUUACCAUGCUUAGGCUUUUAAUGAGAGAAUGUAAAAUGUUUAUUCCAUGUAUAGACGAUGUUUCACCAAACUACAAGAAACACUGAAGAAUGAGCGGUGUUUCUAAUACGGUCUUCAAUGCAAAAACGUACAGUGUUUCAGGGACUGAUCUUAUUAAACAGCGAUUCAGAGGGGGCCCAAAAGCGUGCAUUGCGGGGGAAGGGGUAAAGUUCUAAUGCAUUCAACCUUUUACUGCAGGGUAGCAUUCCUUUUGCUGUGAUUGGUAGUAACAACGUAACAGAUGUGAGAGGAAAGCAAGUACGAGUCAGGCAAUAUCCUUGGGGAAUGGCAGAAGGUAAUUAAUUCUAACUAAAGCAGAGGUACUCCUUUUUACCGGGGCCAACUGUGGAGCAUGAAAAUUUGGUAAUAAUAGAGGGAUGGUUGGAUGAACGAGAUAACGUGAAUGGCUGACUCUGAAUUCCAACGGUUCAAAAACUGAAUUAAUAAUAUACAUGAAGAAAUUACGCGCGUCUGAUUGGCUGAUGUUGUUACCUAUACUGAUUGAUUGUAGUAAUAGAUUGCAAAUCCAAGAAGAGAAUGCUUGAAGCGCUGUGUGUUGUAGAAAAACAGAGAGAAUGUUAACCCUUUAACUCCCAGAAGUGACUAAAAUGUAACUUCUUCCUAUAAUUUCCACAUUAUUUUUAGCAAACGGUUAAUGAGAAUACUCAGACUUAUCAGGUAAAAGUUGUCAUCUUGAUCUUUCACCAAAUUCUCGCAACUAAUUGACAAGGAAUUGUGUAGCAGCAAGAGAGGAGAAUUAACAAUCAACGCCUCCUGUUAGUAUUUCUUAUUAACACUGUUAAACUAUUGUUGUCUUAGACAUGGUUUCAUGCUACUCUAGUUUAAAAAUUUAAUCAAUGGAACCGAGAAGUUACAAUUCAUAGACCUAUAUGUGGAUAUAUAGGGCUAUGAAUUGUAACUUCUUGGUUACAUUCAUUAAAUCGUUAAACCAGAGUAGCAUCAAACCAUGUCUGAUUGUCCACUUGGUUGCCUUGUGAACUUUAAUAUAUAUUGUUGUCUUAAUUUGCAGUCGAAAACCCCGAACAUUGUGACUUCAUAAAGCUUAGAAACAUGCUUAUACGGUUAGUCGUUUUUUUUUUCCUGUCGCAUCACACUACUUUAUUGACUUUUCAACAAAACUUCUCAAAACCUUUUUAGCGAAAGUUAAGUGAAUUUUAUAAACGAUGCAGCUCUCGUUGGACAAGUACAAUGUCUGACCGUCUGUGUUUUGAGGUCUUUGUAGGACGCAUAUGCAGGACUUGAAAGAUGUCACACAAGAAGUUCAUUACGAAAAUUACAGAGCAGAAAGACUGUCGAACCAGGGGGAACCUUCCAGUCCACGAAAAACAAUAGAAGGAAUGUAAGUUAACCACCUCCUUCCACCAUAACAUGCGCAGUUCGAUCUCUACCCUCUCCGUCAUUUCUCAGCAAAUGUGGGGUUUACAAUCAAACGGGAGCAACUUUGCGUGGGGGAAGAAGAGGAGAAGAAUUAAGGGAAAUUAUGAAAUGAAACAAAGGAAGGAUGAAAAAGUGGUCGAAUGCAGAACUUAAGAGGGAGAAAAGGCCUAAACUUUUUAAAGGAAGGAUUAAAGUUUUAAAAAGGGCAUUACUUUGAAAGAUUCUUUGCUGAUUUUUUUGGCAAACUUAAGCUGCAUGCUGUGGUUGUUUUCGAAAUAGGAACUUAGAUUCAAGAAUGUAAACGAAGGUUACUAUCAUCCAGUGUGGCGUAAGACUACAUGGUUUAUGGUUCAUCGUUUUACGGAGGGUAUUUACGGGGAAUUUCCAACGGUUGCGUUGUUUCUCGUUUGAAGUCUACAGUGAGAACUGUGGUUGUAUAAAUUUCACCGCGAGAAAGCAAUAGUACCCAUCAGAAAAUAAAGAAGAACUGCACUCCCCGGCGAUGAAAUACAAAUUCCGCUUUCGAGAGCCCUGACCACCACGGGAAAGCCUCGCAUCGUAACGAGUGCGCAAAUCCACUGUUUAACGUGUGAACGCGAGCUGCGUGAGUGAUGUGUGUGAAGUGUGGAGUUGAGCGUGGCAAGGGUGCACCGUGCCAUACUGAGGAAUGAUAUUAGAGUGAGGGAGAUAGGAUACAGAGUGGCCCAUCCUUCUUUCCUUUUAUGAUAUUGCAAUGCACUCAAAAAGCUUACCAUGGACACUGUUUUUCUUUAUUGCAGGAAACGAAAAAGUGGAAAUUUCGAUUUGGAUGACGUGGAUACGGCAGAAAUCUCAGAGAAGGACCGAAUGUUAAGGGAAAAAGAAGCAGAGGUAUUAUAUAUAACUGGAAUCGUAACAGACGUGCUCACCACACUUUUGAAAUAAUGACCGUGACAUCGAUCGGUGUACACCAGUGUGCCUAACUUACGCACAUGUUUUUAUCUAUGGACAAAGCGACCGCACGGGUAUGCCUUGGGGUUCUAGAGUGCUUUUAACCCCCACCCCCACCCCUCCCCAACACAAUCAUACAAUCUUUUGAUUGAUCUUUUUUUUUUUUUUUUUGUAAAACAACCAGGCAUACGCCCUCAUUCGCCAACGCUAAGACCCUCAGUAAGACACCCUUGUGGGAAAAUUCUUCUAGUUCCCCCAUUGUUUGUGAUACAGUUUUGACUUCAAAUGUGUUUCUUGUGUGUGUUUUGAGAUAAGUAAAUGUUUUUUUUUCAGUUGAGGCGAAUGCAAGAGAUGAUAGCUAACAUGCAGAAACAGAUGGCUAAACAAAAAGGAGCUGCACUCGACGAAAAGCUCUGAAUUCGCAAAGAUGUGUCUAGAAUUUCUGUAAAACUUGUAGAAUUUCUGUCACUCUCUGCCGGUUAGUUCUUAUUUAUAGCACUUGUAUACUGUUAUCACACAACGGUGUUGAGUUCUUCAUCUGAGGGCCUCUUCAUAUGAACCCGGUUGACCAGGCUGGCCCGGUUUCCGAGAUCUCGCCUUACCUCUAAAUCCUUUGUAAAAUUUUCUAUGUGUUCAUAUGAGAGGGCGUCCUGGCUCGGUUACCGAGACUUCUGUUUUUCCAACCGGGAUCUCGGUAAGGGGGCUGGAAAAUUUUGCCAUAUGAACACUUCAUCCCGGUUACCGGGAUGAAUUAUUCGCAAUAGCGCAUGCGUUAAAUGGUCGAUGACGAAGCAGCGCACUUUCAUCACACAACAAGGCGGCCCGAAUGGCAUCGUUUUACUUUGCCUGAUGAAUUUUCCAUAUCAUUACCAGCCCGUUUAACUGCAGUGAUACUGCUAAAAGGGUUACCAAAGCCAUGAUAGGCGUAAAAGUAAUAUGUCGGUUGCAUUUCUCCAUCUUUGUUUUGUGUUUCUAAUUUCGCGCCAAAUCUCGUCCCCAGGAUCUUCGGCCUUUUCUCAUCUGGGAAACCGGGCUGAAUUUUCUCAUAUGAACCCAAGACGAAAUUCGUCCUGGUAAGCAGGCCAUUUCGGUCAACCGCGCUCAUAUGAAGAGGCCCUCAGAGUGGUGUUUUCACGUAAGCUUCUCGUGGAGAGUAUUGCGUGAUGGGUUUGGCAACGUGACAAUCAAGUAACGUAAUAUAACAAAAAAGGAUAGUUUUCAAGUCGAUAUAUGACAAUUAACGGAAGUAGAACUAAAGCAUUGGCAGGCGCAUUAAGCGACAUGUCAUUCACAGUGGAGAAUAACAAUUCUUUUUCACGAUUAACUACAGUUAGAAUAAUUUUCUUUGUAAAUUCAAGCCAUAGUAAAUUUUAUAUUACCACCGUUGCGAAAUGUGCAGUGUGUUCGAUAUGUGUUAGGUAUUAUUUUAAUUUGCUUCCUUCAUGUUUGUAACCUACUGUUUUGAAAGUGAUAAUCUAGCUCAACGCUCCAAGACCCACUUCAAACCUUUAGUUUAUACUUCACUCUUUUGUGUAUGUUUAGAGUUUAUCUGGUUUGGAAAGGAGAUCCCUCUGUCUUUCAAAAGACUACAAUCAUUGAUAUGGCUAUUGAAUAUGGCCCACGGAUUUAUGGAUGGCAUUCAUAACGAAAUCUGGAUCAAUAUCAGUAUCUGGGCAACUGCCCACCUACCCCUCCCC